AUGUCCGACACUGAAUCCAGCUCUGGAGAGAUUUGUUGCCUCCUGGAAUCAACGGACAAACUACACGGCCUUAAAGAUGAGAAGAAGCAAGUCGUGGAUAUCUCAGGAAUCAUUUUCCCCAAGUUUUCUCCCACGCAAAAGGUUGAUAACAUUUUUAAGGCGCUUGUUUUCAAUACACCUUCACAAAACGAUAUCAUCUUGGGAAAUGACAUCCUGAUUCCCCUUGGUAUCGAUGUUCUUCCCUCAACGCAAACCAUCAAGUGGUUGGACAAACGCAUACUGUGGAAACCAGAUCCUAUUCUCACAAAGCAACCGUCCAAACCAAACAAAGAGUCAUCACUGAUGAUGGCCCAGCAGGCCAAAGCACAUUGCUUCCAUUACAACCCCGAUCAAGAGCUCAACAAUUUCAUUGACGACCGCAUUGAUUGA